AUGGGAUACGCUAACUCAGGUCAAAUCGCCUCUGGUAUUCAUUUCCGGUUACGAGCUCGUGCUUUCAUCGUCACUGAUCCCCAAGGAAACCGCGUUGUUUUCGUUAAUCUCGACGCGUGUAUGGCGUCUCAGAUUGUUACUAUCAAAGUCCUCGAGCGACUCAAAGCAAGGUAUGGUGAUGUUUACACGGAGAAGAAUGUAGCAAUAAGUGGAAUUCACACGCAUGGUGGACCAGGAGGAUAUCUUCAGUAUGUGACUUACAUUGUCACGUCUCUUGGAUUUGUUCGCCAAUCUUUCGACGUCCUUGUUGAUGGUAUUGAGAAAACAAUUGUCCAAGCUCAUGAAAGUCUACGUCCUGGUUCUGUUUUUGUCAACAAAGGGGAUCUAUUGGAUGCUGGUGUGAAUCGAAGCCCGAAUUCUUAUCUCAACAAUCCUGCAGAUGAGAGGAGUAAAUAUAAGUAUAAUGUUGAUAAAGAAAUGACACUACUCAAGUUUGUUGAUUCUCAGUGUGGUCCUAUUGGAAGCUUUAACUGGUUUGCAACUCAUGGAACGUCUAUGAGCCGGACUAACUCAUUGAUUAGCGGAGAUAACAAAGGCGCUGCAGCGCGGUUCAUGGAGGAUUGGUUUCAAAAUGAACAGAAGAACAAGACUUCAGAUAGCUCAAGAGAAAUUCCUCGUCGGCUUUUGGAUAUUGGAGCUAGUUAUAGUAAGUCCUCUAGAGGAAAGCGCGUGGCAAAGCCACUCGAUGCUAAAGUUCGAGUACGAAACAACGCUUCAUUCGUAUCUGCAUUCUGUCAAUCAAACUGUGGUGAUGUGAGUCCAAAUACUCUUGGUACGUUUUGCAUUGACACUGGACUGCCUUGUGAUUUCAAUCACAGUACUUGCAAUGGAAAGAACGAAUUGUGCUACGGCCGUGGCCCCGGGUACCCUGAUGAGUUUGAGAGUACUCGUAUCAUUGGAGAAAAGCAAUUCAAAAUGGCAGUGGAACUUUUUAACGAAGCUAAAGAGAAGCUACGAGGCAAGAUUGGUUACCAACGUGCUUAUAUAGAUUUCUCAAAUCUUCAAGUUACAGUUCCUAAAGCAGGCGAUGGCAUGAGACGGUUAAAACAUGUUCAGCUGCAAUGGGGUUUGGUUUUGAUUUCAAACAAGGAGAUGAUCAGGGUAAUGCCUUUUGGAGACUAG